UGGGGUCGGGUCUAACAACUAUCAUCAAUGAUCAGCACACCUCGGGAAAAGCAAUAUUUAGUCAGCAAUCAGUCUUGUUCUACCUCAUCCUAAAAGCGAUUCUUCUCACAAUCCAAACAUCAGAUAUCGCACUCGGAAAAAAUGGAGUUGGAGGUGAGAGUCGUCGGAGGAAUCGAGAGCUGUUUCGUGUCGUUACCAGUGAGCUUAAUCCAGACUCUCGAGUCCACCACUGCUUCCGGCUACCUUCCUCCCAUUCUAGCCCUCGAACUUCGCUCUCCUCAAAACGCUAACCAACUCUGGCGUGUUGCUUGGUCCGGUUCCGCUUCUUCCCAUCCAUUUCCUAAUUCUAUUCAGAUUGCAAAGCAAUAUGCCGAGUGUAUUGGAUUGUCGGAUCGUGCAGUGGUUCGAGUAACAGCACUGUCUAAUUUGCCUAAAGCUACUAUGGUUACCAUAGAGCCUGAUACUGAAGAUGAUUGGGAAGUUUUGGAACUUAAUGCUGAGCAUGCCGAGCAGGCUAUUUUAAAGCAGGUUGGUAUUGUCCAUGAAGCAAUGCGAUUUCCUUUGUGGCUGCAUGGGCAAACAAUUAUUACAUUCAAAGUUUUUUCAAUCUCUCCGCUCACACCGGUAGUACAACUUGUACCAGGAACUGAAGUUGCUGUUGCUCCAAAAAGGCGAAAAAGAAAUAUUAGUUCAGGUGAGGAUUCCAUGACGCAAGAUGAUAAGAUUUCGGUCUCAAAGGCACUAUUGAGAAUCCAAGAUACUGGUGAUCAAUGUAUUCAUAAAUACGAGGCUGAUGGAGUUGAGAUGAGAGUGGUUUUGACCUCUGCUAUCUUCAUUCAUCCAGAGACAGCCAGUAUAUACACUUUUGAACCUCUUCAGACUGUGGUAAUAAUUCCCAGAUUGCUUCCCAAAGAGACCAAGAAGAAUCAGGAGACAGAUAGCCGUAGAUUGAAAAAUAGUGUAACUUCAAAGGAAGUGAAAGUAGGGGGUGCACCUGACAAGCACGAUAUCCAUCAUGCAAUGGUUCGUCUAAUAUUUUCAGAAUCAGUGGCUAAAGGACAUAUAAUGCUUCCUCAGUCUCUUCGGCUUUAUUUGAGAGCGGAGUUACACUCAUGUGUUUAUGUGAAGAGAUUCAAUGUCAAAUUGAAGAAAGAGAUUCCUUUAGUUUCGCUUUCACCUUGUGAAUUCAAGGUACUCCAAGAGAAUGGGGUUUCUGAAGAAAAUAAUGCUGAAGUUUUGGGUAACAAAAAGAAUAAUAAAAUAAUAACAACACUUUUCAGAACCAAUUCAGACAUUGAGAUGGGUACUAUUGACUGGUCAACCCAUGAGAAAAUUGCCACAGCCUUUUCUUCUGAAUCUAGCAAGGAAAACAAAGAAACGAGCGUCAAGUCUGAUAUGAAAAAGGGCAUUGCAGCUCUUUUGCAUAGAUGGUGUCUUGCACAACUACAUGCUGUCACGCUAAAGGCUGGAGUGGAAGUGAAAUCAUUGAUUUUAGGAAACACAACUUUGCUUCACUUCAAAGUGAAAGAUGACAGAUCCAUAAAACAUGGUGUCCAAACAAUGAAUGGUGGAGAAGCAGCACUAGAUGUUGUAUAUGUGUUGUCAAUUUCUGAUGAAUCAAUACAUGACGAAAAGAUUGAUGCAUAUGAAGUUGCAUUUGAUGAAGGAAGCAAGUUAACUACUACUCCCGAAAGUUCAGAACCUUGGCUUGGAAAGCUUCAACUGGGCAAUGGUCUCUCCAUUAGGACUGUCAGGGAGAAAUGCUUCGCUAAAAGCACCAGUCUUACAAUUUCUUCAUUAGACUGGAUGGGAAUGGCUGCAUCUGAUGUGAUCAAUAGGUUGGUAGUUCUGUUAUCUUCAGAGUCUUGGAUGUUGUCCAGUGCUUAUGAUUUUCCGCUGCCAGGACAUAUUCUAAUCCAUGGGCCUUCUGGUUCCGGGAAAACAUUAUUAGCUACAGUAGCUGCUAAAUUCGCUGAAGAAAGUGAGGACAUCUUGGCCCAUAUAACAUUUUUAUCUUGUUCUAAGCUUGCUUUGGAAAAGCCUUCAACCAUUCGUCAAACUUUGCUUAGCUAUGUUGCUGAUGCGUUGGAUCAUGCACCUUCUGUUGUGGUAUUUGAUGAUCUUGAUAGCAUUAUUGCAGCCUCCUCUGAGUCUGAUGCUUCUCAACCUUCUUCCUCAUCAGCAGUGCUUGCAGAAAACUUUGCUGAUAUUAUGGAUGAAUAUGAGGAAAAACGGAGGAACACGUGUGGGAUUGGCCCAAUUGCAUUUAUUGCUUGCGCACAGUCUCUGACUAAUUUACCACAGGACCUGACCUCUUCUGGGAGGUUUGAUUUUCAUGUUAAAUUGCCUGCACCUGCUACCACAGAGCGUGGUGCCUUGCUAAAACAUAUAAUUCUGAAGCGUUCUUUGCAGUGUUCGGAUGACAUCUUGCUGGAUAUAGCGUCCAAGUGCGAUGGAUAUGAUGCAUAUGAUCUGGAAAUACUGGUUGAUAGGUCUGUUCAUGCUGCAACUGGCCGCUUUUUUACUAGUGAUUUGGGUGCUGGCAGACAGGAAAAACCUCUUUUACUUAAGGAUGAUUUCCUGCAUGCCAUGCAUGAGUUUGUUCCAGUGGCAAUGCGUGACAUCACAAAACCGGCUGCUGAUGGUGGUCGGUCUGGUUGGGAGGAUGUUGGAGGUCUUAAUGACAUCCGGAAUGCUAUUAUAGAGAUGAUUGAGUUGCCAUCCAAAUUUCCAAAUAUAUUUGCGAAAGCUCCUCUAAGGAUGCGGUCCAAUGUUCUGUUGUAUGGUCCCCCUGGUUGUGGCAAAACACACAUUGUUGGUGCUGCAGCUGCUGCAUGCUCGCUAAGAUUUAUCUCAGUCAAAGGUCCUGAGCUGCUGAAUAAAUACAUUGGUGCCUCUGAGCAAGCUGUACGAGAUAUAUUCUCAAAAGCAGCUGCAGCAGCACCAUGCCUUCUAUUUUUUGAUGAAUUUGAUUCUAUUGCGCCAAAGAGAGGGCAUGACAACACUGGUGUUACUGAUAGAGUUGUUAAUCAGUUUCUUACUGAAUUGGAUGGUGUUGAAGUGUUAACGGGUGUAUUCGUAUUUGCUGCUACAAGGUUAGCGUCUAACCGGAUGGGCUUUGUUUACUAUUGCUUUCAAAUUUUUGCCUUCACUUGCAUAUGUGGUACCCGCAUUUCAUCCGUUGGCACUUUUGUCGGUUCUUGGCCUUGUCAGUGAUUGAGCAUAUAUGCAGCCUUGUUAUUUUGUUGAAUUUUGUACUACUAGAUAGUAAUUAAUGCAGGUUGAA